CUCACACUAUCAUACGAAGUAUUUUUAUCAACCAGCCUCGCGCCACUGCACGAUAGAGCACUCCCAAGCAGUCCUUCGACUUGCCUGCCCCAUUACUGCUUCAGCAAGAGCCAGUCGAGGCACUUAGUGAAACUCCAGACAAGUGCGGCUGCGAGCGACCAGAUUGACAAGGACCAGAAAUGCUGGAAGUCGAUGAAACAGGGCAAGCCUCCGUUGGGGAAUCCCAAGUCUCGCCGCAGCAAGGGUACAACAAGGGCCAUGUCUACCGCGAUCUCCAGGACUUCGACCAGAUUCGCCUUCUGCACUUGAAACCGAAGUCGGGAAGUGAGAAGAUUGAGUGCACCAUCGAGCUCGCGAAGUUUUCCAAACAGCCAGAAUACGAGGCCCUCUCAUAUAUGUGGGGUCCGGCGAAUCCCCUGCACUCGAUACUUAUCGACGGAGCAAAUUUCGAGGUCCGGGAAAAUCUCUGGCUGGCACUGCAGCAUUUACGAUUGGAGUCCGAGUCAAGAGUACUAUGGAUCGACGCUAUAUGUAUCAAUCAAGGGAAUAUUCAUGAACGCAAUCAUCAAGUUGCUCAAAUGGCCCAGAUCUACCAGGAAGCAACAACGGUCGUUGUAUGGCUAGGAGCUCCGGACUCAUCAAGUGCAAUUGCUUUCGAGCUCCUUUCUUCGCCCCCGAAGUGGACCGCUUUCAUCCAACCGUCGAAUGAUCUGGAGGUGCUCUCUCGAGGAAAUCGGCAACUCUUUGCUCUUCACUCCCUUCUUAGUCGAGAGUAUUGGAAGAGACUUUGGAUUAUCCAGGAAUUUUUAAUGGCCCAAAAAUUCGUGCUCCAGUCUGGCGAUGAUCUAUGUCCUCAAUCUCACGUAUCCCGGUUUUUUCAGCUAUUAAGGGGCAGAUCAAAGGUAUCUGAACAAAACCCAAAGGUCUGGGAGGUCCAGGAACGACUCAUCGUCUUGCGCGCUAUUUUCAGCUCUACCCCAGUACGGCUCUUACUUCGACGAGACAUGGGGAAUAACGUAAAGCUAAGAAGGUCAAGACCAGGACCCGUCCCCUUGGAGCCUCUAUAUACCCUCUUCGAAGAUUAUAACAGGGCCCAAUGCGAAGACCCGCGAGACAGAAUUCUCGGUCUUCGUAGCCUAGCCUACGAUUGUUGCAAGGAAGCUAUUCCAGUACAGUACUCGUUAGGUUGGGAAGGCACUCUUUGGAAUCUUCUUCGCCACCAAAUCCUUCACCAUCCUUGGAUGGCCCGGAAAGAUGUGGAUUGGAGCCCUCCAAAGUCGGUGGUAGCCAAAAUUCAUGAAAUCUAUCGCCAGAGUGAGGAGAUCUCGCGUUAUUCCACCAACAAUAACUCUGCCGAGUUGUUCAAAGCUGGACUUAAUGAAGUUGCCAGAUCCAUUCGAUAUACUACGUCUAAAGACUCUCCAGUUGUGCUUCGUGGCCAUGUGAGAGGUCGUAUAUGCUAUCUCAGUGGAGAGCUAGAUCAUCUCAGGUGGGAGAGGGGUCUCUUCCCACAGGAUUUCACAGCGAUGAUGAAAAUACAACUGAAGUAUAUUUUCGACCAAUGUACCUCGGAGGACCAACGUUUGUUAACAGGAGUGAGUGAUCAACUUAGGCAGCCUUUUGGACGGGAUGGCAAACGCCAAUUUGAGAAGCAUUUCUCCUCCGGUGAUAGUUUUGUGGGUUUGGCAACUGGGAAUGCUACAAGUCUCGACGGCAGCACGCUAUCUGACAACCCCAUCAGCUACAAGGGAAGUGGGUUUUGGACAGCACGACAAUGCCCCGAGACCAUAGAGAAAGAACUCAACUGGCUUCUUGCUGCUGCUCAGGAAGCUUUCCCAAAUUCUCGCAAGGAGUUGGCUAUUGAAGAGAACGGCUUAGUAUUCUUCGCUUCCAAUUUAACAAGAAUAGGAGAUCUAGUCUGUCAGUUUCCAGAUUCAGACAUUAUUGCAGUUUCUAGUUCACCGGAGCGACUAAGGAGGGACGUCUGCCGUUGGCCGCUUCAACGGGCUUUCAACAUUCUCGCGUCCCCAUCAGGAGUCGCGGUCGAUAUCUGUGGAAAGCAAAUGACGUUCCACGGAUCAGAUCGAUAUGCUUUCUCAGUUCAAGUAAAGCCUCUUGAUUUAUGGAAACUGUGUCGGACACCACCUCUUAUAGGUGAGCUUCAUAACGAGGAUGAUUCCCUCGGGGACAGUUAUUCGUCAGAUAUUUCUCCUGCUACACGAAAUGAUACGGAGCAUGAGCCGAAAAAGAGAAGGACCGAGACCCGAGUACCAUUCUUCAAAGGCCGAGGAACGACAUCAAAACUUCGAGUCUAAGAAAUCGAGAAGUGUUGACUUGGAUCGCCCCUCCGAAUGGGAGGGAGGAAGGAAGGAAGGAAGGAAGGAAGGCCGCAUUCCAUCUAGGACUAUACACAUUUUCAUUUCCUUCGUCUUCAUAUCCGCUCAGAAGGCGCGCACCAACAGCCAUUUCGAGGUUCUUGACGGCAUGCCAACGACCAAGGC